AUGGUACGGUUCAAAGUAUUCACGUUGGCAUCGAAAGUAAUCAUUCCAGAACUGAAUACUAUAUUUGAUGUUAUUGCCGCUAUCUUGCACCUCGGUAACAUACACUUCAUUGAGAAUGUCGAAGAUACAAAAGGUGGAUGUCUGAUUAAACCGUCUAGCAAAGUAAGUUUCGCAGCAUCACUUGAAAAUGCAGCUUCGUUAUUCGGUUUAGAAGAUUAUGAACUGAAAAAUGGCCUCACAACACGAGUCGUGCAACUUGCGAAAGGAGGUGUCAGAGGUACCAACAUCAGAUUGGAUACCGUUAAAUCACAUGAUGCAUCAGCAGCUCGCGAUGCGCUUGCAAAAGAAAAAAAAAAAAAGAAAAGUAAAAUUUGA